AAAUGCGUAAGCUCGCUGUUUUCGACCGAGGGUGCGGAGUGUGCCGGGUGGAAAAUCCAAGUUUGCUUAAACCGUUAUUAGUUCUAAGUCUACUUUUAUAGUUAUUUAUGUUGCGUAUAAGCUUUUUGUAACGAUACAGCCUUUUCAAAGUUUCUCCCAGAUAUAGCUGGAUAUCCCUGCUAUAAUUUUCUACAGAUUUGACUGACGGGAAAAAAGAUGAUUGACACAAUACCAGAACCAGAGGACGUGCCUUUCACCGUCCAGUUGAAAGCACUGUUGGACCAGGAGACCCGGUACCAGCCUAAGCUCUGCGGCUUGAGGAUCAUCGAGUCGGCUCAGGAGAAUGGCCUGCGAAUGACCGCCAGACUCCGGGAUUUUGAAGUGAAAGAUCUGCUCUCCCUGACGCGGUUCUUCGGCUUCUGUGCCGACACCUUCUCCCUAGCCGUCAGCCUCCUGGACCGAUUCUUGUCAGUGAUGAAGAUUCAGCCAAAGCACCUGUCGUGCGUGGGACUGUGCUGCUUCUACAUCGCCAUAAAGUCGUCGGAAGAGGAGAACGUUCCGGCGGCCAGUGAGCUCAUCCGGAUCAGCCAGAGCCGCUUCACCGUGUCGGACAUGAUGCGGAUGGAGAAGAUCAUUCUGGAGAAGCUGCACUGGAAGGUGCGGGCCCCAACGCCCCUCCUCUUCCUCAGGCUGUUCCACUCCUUCAUCCUCCAGCAGCUGGACAUGGACAGUAAGAAGAGUCUGAACAUCGAGCGGUUAGAAGCACAGCUGAAGGCCUGCCACUGCAGCUUUGCGUUCACUAAAAUAAAGCCCUCUCUGCUUGCUCUGGCGAUUCUGGCCUUCGAGGUUCAGGAGCAAGGCCUCUGUGAGCUGACCGAAACACAGGACACGCUGCAGCUGCAAUCCCAUAUUAAAGGUGGGGACCUUGUUUGUGUGAGAGAGCUGGUUGGGAAAUGUCUGAUGGAGUAUUCCUCAACGAAAUGCUCCAGACCAAGCAACCGCAAGCUGAGAUGGCUGAUCUCUGGCAGGACAGCCAGACAGCUGAAACGCAGCUACUACAAGAUCGCCCAUCUCCCCACCAUCCCAGAAGUUGCAUCUUAAGUGUUUCGAGAACAGGAAUGAGGUGAUCACUUGAGAAUGAAGACUCACCAUCAGCAACGGAAGGAAAAUGAUGAAACAAACGUAGAUAUUGGGAAGCUGAAAAAUUCAGAAACAUGCCUGAGUGAUUUAGCGUUCUUGUGCAGCUCAGUUUGCAGGGCUUCAUAGAUGUGAACUGAUCUUUUGCUUUCCCUCUCUGAAUUAUUUCAAUUUAAAUGUCUGGAUCCUAUCAGAACGGUUAAUAUCAGCUUGCACUUUUACACUUUACUAUAUGAAAAAUUUAAACUCUCUAAAACAGGGCUGUCAAACUGUUCCUGGUACUCUACCAUCUUAUUGGUUUUCACUCCAACCCUAACAAAGCACACCACAUUGAACAGCUAGAGAUCUUGAGCUGCUUGCUUGAACUUGGUAGAAGUAGUGUCAAAUAUUAGUUGAAAUGACAACCUACAGGACUGUAGACCUCCAGGAACAGGGUUGGGCAGCCCUGCCCUCGCAUAUCCUUCACGUCAAUGAACCUGCACUUUCAUUUUGACAGUUUUUGCCCAUUUUCCCCUCAUAUGAGGCAUUUUUUCCAUUUUGGUGGGAAAAAAGCUUUAUGUGAUGAAACAAUGGGCAACCAUUUCAAGAAACUUUGAAAAAGCUAUGUAUAAACCUUCACGAACGAAGAUAAUUCCUACACUGGGUGUGUGGGAAUGCAUCUUGAGUGGAGGCUUGUGUGUGUCUGUAUGUUGUGUGUGUGUGUGUGUGUGUGUGUAUUAUCGGAGCCAUGGUCCUUUAAUAGCUCUUGGCACUGGUGAUGGUUAAAAGCAAUGAAGUAUUGAACCACCUAGGUCCUCAGUCCACUAUGUGGAAGAGGAGGGAGAAGGGUUUUGUGAAUACUAAAAAAUGGAACCAAGAAAUCGGGCCCAAAACCCUUAACUUCCACCCUAGGUCGUAUAACUAUCCAAAUGCACACUCCUACUCAAGGUAAUGAAAACGAACCUUUCUUUUGUUUUGUUUUUUUUCGUGGUCGUUUCGGUAUCAUAACAGCAAUUGUGACUGACCACUCACCUACAUAAUGUGAAGCCAACCCUACAAAAAGGUUAAAGAUGGCUUUCAUCCUCUCACUAGUAAGAACUCAGUGUAGACAAUGUUCAAGAUGGUCAACUUGUUAAAACAUGCCUUUGUUACACUAGAUUACCCAUUUGAGUACAUUUUUGUUGGAAAGAAUUUUGAUGCCGUUUAAAAUGUUAUGCGUGUGACAGGUAAUAGAUUUGUCAUGCAGGUAAACUGCAGUGGUGAAAAUGACCUUUCAGAAACAAUACCUGGAAUGGGCUGAAGCCCAAACAAAUUAAUCUGGUAAAUAUAAACUUUUGGUUUUUUAGUUUUGCGCCUGCAAAGUAUGACCCAAUAUUGUUUAAAAGAAAAGUAUGUUUUAAAGUUUGACCUUUCAAUAAAAUGUUGAAAUGCA